AUCCAAACACUGACAAAGAGCCAAACAGAAUUUAGUUGUUUCACAUGAAGGGGUAUCUUUUAUGUACAAAAAGGAAAAGAUAGGGGAAGGCCUAAACUCCUGUCUUGCAUCUCGAGAACCAAACUCAGACAGAAGCAGGCGAUUUCGUCUUCAGAAUGAAUCUUUCACUUCCUUACGCGACCUCUAUCCUCUUCUCCUUCCUCAUAUUUUCCAUUUUCAUCCCUGCUUUUGCCAGAGGCGGUCAACGCAGCCCCAAAUUUUCAGGUGUUAUGGAUGAUAGUUAUGUGGGAAAUGGACGGCGAUUGUCUGAGGUGAAUCAUUCUAAAGCAAGUGUUGAUGUAUCACGUGGAUAUAUGACGAAUUCUGACCUCGAAAAGGCUGUUAAGGAGUUUGGUCGAAGGUGUAGUAACAUUUCCAGGAUAUAUAGUAUUGGGAAGAGUGUGAAAGGAGUUCCACUGUGGGUGAUGGAAAUUUCUGACAAACCAGGGGAGGAAGAAGCAGAACCUGCAUUUAAGUUUAUUGGAAAUGUGCAUGGAGAUGAACCUGUUGGUCGUGAGCUUCUGUUACUCCUUGCAAAUUGGUUAUGUGAUAACCAUAUGAAGGAUCCCUUGGCAACAUUGAUCAUUGAAAAUGUUCACCUGCAUAUACUUCCUUCCAUGAAUCCUGAUGGAUUUUCACUUAGGAGGCGUGGCAAUGCAAAUAAUAUUGAUCUUAAUCGUGAUUUUCCAGAUCAGUUCUUUCCUCUGAAUGAUGAUGUGGAUGGACGACAACCUGAAACAAAAGCAAUCAUGAGGUGGUUGAAAGAGAUACAUUUCACAGCAUCUGCCAGUUUGCAUGGGGGUGCACUUGUUGCAAAUUAUCCAUGGGAUGGCACUCAGGAUGGAAGGAAAGAUUACUAUGCAUGUCCUGAUGAUGAGACAUUCCAGUUUAUGGCAAGCGUAUAUAGUCGUUCUCAUCACAACAUGUCUUUGAGCAAGGAAUUUGAAGGAGGAAUUACAAAUGGAGCAUUUUGGUACCCCAUAUAUGGUGGCAUGCAAGAUUGGAACUAUAUACAUGGUGGCUGUUUUGAAUUGACACUGGAGAUCAGUGACAACAAGUGGCCUAACACUAUUGAGCUUCCUACUAUAUGGGAAUAUAACAAAAUGAGUAUGUUAAAUCUUGUUGCAAGCCUUGUGAAGACAGGAGUACAUGGAAGGAUCUUUUCAUCAGACAGAGGAAGACCAUUGCCUGGCUAUAUCACAAUCAAGGGAAUAAAUUACACGGUUAAGGCUGGCAGAACAUUUGCUGACUACCAUCGGCCACUUGCUUCAGGAGAGAAAUAUGAAGUUGUGGCUACUAUGCCAGGUUACAAAUCGAAAACCACAUCUAUCAAAUUGGAAGAAGUUACAACAGUAGAUUUUCUUCUUGAUCCUGAAGUCCUGCCAAGGGGGAACCUACUACGAAGUUUAUGUGACUGCAACUGUGAGAGGAAGGGUAGUCUCGAAUUGGUUGAGUUUGUUGGGGUCUCCCACUUGGAGGUUUCACUUAUUUUAAUCGUCAUCUUAGUAUUCCUUUGCUUUUUAUUAAGGAGGAAAUUGAUAUACAACCUUGUAAGACAAAGACACUUAACUGGGCCGAAAAGGUCAGUUGUGGUCUGAUGCUGUCAACAUAUACCUUGCAUGGAUGUUGUUUGUAUAUUUAAGUUAAAAUAAAAGUUACUUUCUUUUUGAGGUA